AUGGAAAACGCAUUGCCAUACCCCUCCUUAGCCACCGCCACAGAGCGGAGUCAGUCCAUUGUCUCUCUUGCCCGCCGGUUGACCGCAUCCUCGGUCACGCUCGACGAUGAAGGAGAAAACAAUCCUAUCAACCCAGUCAAGGGCAGUCAGCUGGAUCCCUUUUCGCCCCGGUUCGACAGCGUCAAAUGGAUGCAAGCUUUAGUCCAGAUGUUCGAAUCUGGUCUAGAAUCUGCUCCUCAAAAACGAGCUGGCGUCGCCUUUCGGAAUCUAACAGUGUUUGGUCAUGGUUCCGAGGUCCAGUACCAAAAGAGCACUGGAAACGUCCCGUACAGUAUCUUAUUAUCGUUGCUUGGCAAAAUCACCGGUCGUAGUUUCAAGCGUAUCAACAUUCUACAAGAGUUCGAGGGCGUUGUGCAUCCUGGCGAGUUGCUACUUGUGCUGGGCCCCCCGGGAUCAGGAUGUUCGACCCUGUUGAAGACUUUGUCUGGCCGGACCGAGGGCUUCAACAUCGAUCGAGAUUCAUAUAUUAACUAUAGGGGAAUCAAUCCACAACAAAUGCACAAUUGGUUCCGUGCCGAUGUGCUUUACAAUGCGGAAGUCGACGUCCACCUCGCCCCUCUCUCUGUUGGCGACACACUCGAGUUUGCCGCUCUUUCCCGUGUGCCAGCCAAGGUUCCGGGGGGGUUUUCCAAACGCCAGUUCGCACGAGCUUACCGCGAUGCCAUCAUGGCCACAUUCGGUAUAAGUCACACAUCAAACACCAAAGUUGGAGAUGAUUUCAUCCGAGGUGUUUCUGGUGGCGAGCGGAAGCGUGUCAGUAUUGCCGAAGCCGCCCUCACGGGUGCCAAGCUUCAGUGCUGGGACAAUAGCACCCGAGGACUAGACAGCGGGAACGCCAUUACUUUUUGCAAGUCUCUCCGAGCACAAGCAGAUGUGAUGGGUGUUGCCGCCAUGGUCGCCAUUUACCAAGCACCACAAAGUGCCUAUGAGACCUUUGAUAAGGUGACCGUUCUGUAUGAGGGCCAUCAGAUCUAUUUCGGUAGAAUAGAGGAUGCCAAAGCCUACUUCGAGAAUUUAGGGUUCGAAUGCCCCGAUUCUCAGACGACGGCGGACUUUCUAACCUCGAUGACUUCCCCUCAAGAGCGCCGAGUACGGCCGGGAUUCGAAGGUCGUGCCCCUCGCACGCCUGUAGAGUUCGCUGUUCACUGGAAGACUUCGAAUGAGCAUACAGCGUUGGCGGCAGAACUGGACAAAUAUGAAGAUGAGAAUCCGUCUGAUGAGCGUCUAAGCGAAUUUGUCCAGAGUCGAAAGACAGAGCGAAACUCCUUGCAGCGUCUCAUGUCACCAUACGCGACGCCGUACGUUGACCAAGUUCGGCUUUGCAUCUGGCGCGGCUGGAAGCGGCUUCUUGCAGACCCGGCCUUCACCGUUUCUUCAUUACUCUUCAAUCUUAUCAUGGGUUUUGUGCUUGGCAGUGCCUUCUACAACCUUCCCAAUGAUACAAGCAGUUUCUACCAUCGUGGAGGCGUGGUGUUCUUCGCUCUCCUAUUCAAUGCUUUCGCCGGCGAACUCGAGGUUCUUACCUUGUACGCGCAGCGACCGGUUGUUGAGAAGCACCACCGCUAUGCAUUCUACCAUCAGUCUGCCGAAGCUGUCUCAAGUUAUAUCAUGGACCUCCCCUAUAAGUUCAUAAAUUGUAUCAUGUUUAACACCACUAUCUAUUUUCUGGUUCAUUUGCGUCGCGAGCCCGGCAGAUUUUUCUUCUUUGUGCUCACCAGCUUCCUUCUCACGCUGACAAUGUCGGGUCUGUACCGCACCGUAGCCUCAAUCACUCGUACCUCUCACCAGGCUUUGGUUCCCGUAUCUCUAAUAACUAUAGGUGUCAUGAUAUAUGCCGGCUUUACUAUUCCAACGGACUACAUGCCCGGUUGGUCGAGAUGGAUGGGAUACAUCAACCCUUUAAGUUACUGCUUCGAGGCUUUAAUGGUCAAUGAAUUCAGUGGGCGUAGUUUUCCUUGUAGCGAAAUCGUACCUACUGGGCCUGGGUAUGAUAACCUGCCCUUCACGGAUAGAGUUUGUGCAGCUUUGGGGGCCAUCUCUGGCGAAAUGGCUGUGGAUGGCGACCGUUAUCUUCAAGCUAGCUAUGGGUAUUCCAACGCCCAUAAGUGGAGGUUUUACGUCAGGAACAUUGGGAUUCUCUGCGGGUUCAUGGUGCUCUUUAUUGGCACUUAUCUUCUCGCAGCAGAAUACGCCAAACCGCCCAAGACCAGCGGCGAGGUCCUGGUCUUCCGCCGAGGGAAGAUACCAUCUGUCCUUGGAAGUGCAUCAAAGCAAGAUGCUGAGAUGCAAAGUCUCGAGCGUCCGAUAAUCGAGAAACCUUCAUCCUCGAUUGACACCGAACCUCAAAGUCAUCUCAGCCCAAGCUUAUGCCAAAAACCAGUAUUUCAUUGGGAAAACAUUUGCUAUCGCGUUAAGAUCAAGGGGAGCGAAUGUCAGAUCUUGGAUCACGUGGAUGGAUGGGUUCAACCUGGUGUCACGACUGCACUCAUGGGUGCAUCCGGUGCAGGCAAGACCACCUUAUUAGACGCGCUCGCAGCCCGUCUCAGUGUAGGUGUUCUUACCGGAGAUAUGCUCGUCAACGGCAAGCCAACCAAUGCUUCGUUCUCCCACUCAGUCGGAUAUGUGCAACAACAAGACCUUCACUUAAACACCACAACAGUGAGAGAAGCUCUACAGUUCAGUGCUCUCCUAAGACAAAGCGCCGAAAUCCCCCACGCUGAAAAGCUUGCAUAUGUCGAUGAAGUCAUCCAGAUCCUCGAGAUGGAGCCAUUCGCAGACGCUAUAGUUGGCUUUCCUGGCGAGGGUUUAAACGUUGAGCAACGAAAGCGGCUGACAAUUGGAGUUGAGCUCGUCGCUCGACCAGAGCUGUUGGUUUUUCUGGACGAGCCAACAUCUGGCCUCGACUCGCAGACUUCUUGGUCAAUUUGUGAUCUGAUCACAAAGCUUGCGAAGAAAGGUCAGGCUAUUCUCUGUACUAUCCACCAGCCUUCGGCAAUGCUGUUCUCCCGGUUUGAUAGGCUUUUGCUGUUACAGCCAGGCGGCAAGACGGUAUAUUUUGGAGAUAUUGGGCCGGGGUCCAGAACGAUGAUUGAAUACUUCGAGCGAAAUGGAGCACCUAGAUGUCCGCCCCAGGCCAAUCCCGCUGAGUGGAUGCUCAAGACAACACUACCGUCUACCCAAACUGUCAACUGGUCCGAGAUCUGGCGAUCAUCGCCUGAGUAUCAAGAAGUUAAAGCAGAACUUGGCCGCCUCCGCCAAAGUAAGAAUUCCGUAUCACAAGAAAAAGAGUUCGCGUCGCAGCACCGCGUGUUCGUCACGUCGUUCUGGUCGCAGCUGCGUGAAGUCUUGCUCCGAACUUUGAAACACUUCUGGAGGUCCCCAGUAUACACUUGGUCAAAGCUUUCUGUGACCGCUCUGUUUGCUCUAUACCUAGGGUUCAGCUUCCGAGGUUCCGGCCGCAGCCUCCAGGGCUUGCAAAAUCAACUUUAUGCCUUUUUCAUGGCAUUCCUCAUUCAAAAUCCUUACAACAAACAGAUAAUGCCUUUCUUCACACCCCAGCGAGCCCUUUACGAAGUUCGCGAAAGACCGGCCAAGAUAUACAGCUGGUCAGUCUUCAUGCUAUCCCAAAUCAUCACCGAAGUGAUUUGGAAUACAUUUUGUGCCGCUCUGUUUUUCUUUUGCUGGUACUACCCAGUUGGCUUCUACGAAAACACAGGCAAUGAUACUAGCAGUCGCGGCUUCACGGCAUUCCUCUUUGUCUGGCAACUGAUUCUCUGGGUCUCUACCCUCUCACAAGGCGUCAUCGCGCCAUUCGAAACUGCCGAUUUAGCAGCUGUACCCGCCUCCCUCAUCGCUAUCCUUUCAAUGACAUUCUGCGGCAUCGGUAUCACCCGCGAGCAAUUACCAGCUAUUUGGUCGGAUUUCAUGUACUACGUCUCGCCUUUAACCUAUCUUGCCUCUGGUGCACUGUCUACUGCGCUACAUGGCAUCAACGUAACGUGCAGCCCGGACGAGAUUGUCCGAGUACCGGUACAGCAGGGCAUCAGUUGUGUCGAGUAUAUGGGCCCGUUUGUUCAGAACACCGGAGGCAUACUAGUGGAUAUGGGCUCCGUAGACGUUUGUGGGUGGUGUUCACUGCGGACUUCAGAUGAGUUCUUGAAGCGUUUCGGCAUCUCGUUUGGGGACAGGUGGAGGAACUUUGGUAUUCUCUGGGCUUACGUCGUCUUCAACAUCGCAGCAGCACUUGGAUUGUACUGGCUAGGGAGGGUGCCAAAGAAGCAGGAGUUGAAGAGGGGGCAAGGAGCUUAA